GGUGAGAGCCAAUGCAUGUGUGCGUGUGUAUGUUUUGAGCGUGGAGGCAGUACGUAGCUAGUGGGGGGAUGUGUGGCAACUUGAGAGUUCUCUAGCUAAGUUUCUGUGGCGGAGGACUGCGGCCGCCAUAUCUUCAAGGAAAAGUGUCACCUUUAUUCGUUUUGUAUGCCGCUUACGGUACACCGGAACGUGGUGUUUCGUGAAUAUAGAGAUUGUUCCAGAUAACUAUGCUAACGUUAACGCGCAACCCGCACUCUAGUCUGAUUUUUUUUUUAAAGAAAGGGGCGUGUUCUUGCUAUCUUGACUGAAAGCCCCGCUCUCUACCCGUACUAACUACAGCACAUCUGAGGCUGAAAAAAUUACCUCCCUUGCUAGAAACCAGGGUCCCUACACUCUCGCCUUUCUUUUACGCGAACCAUGUCCUUAUAGGUGGCCGGAGCCACUUGAUUCUGUCGAAAAACGCUUGUUCGAAGACACAAUGGAGGACUGAAGCGCAGAGGACAUUUUCGCACCGAAAUUUGCCGGCUUUUCGGCCGAGGCGUAGCUAGCUUGGUAGCUAGCUAGCUACCAAAAAACCUGGGCUCCACAAACGGCCGGUUGCCGAGCUGCCCUUUAAAACGAUAAGGGGCGGGGCCUGAGGCAGCCAGUGCAAGGGGGGACCCCAUGCGUAAGCCUCGGAGGAGGGGCCGCCAGGCCGGGGGCAGCCCCGGCGCCGGGGGGGCGGCGGCGGCGCCGGGCGGUAGGGGCGGGGCCGGGCGCGGGGGCGGCGGCCGGAGCAUCCACCAGCGCUCGCCCUCGCCCUACAGCCUGAAGGUGUCGCCGGCCCGGGAGACCCUGACCUACGCCCAGGCCCAGAAGAUGGUGGAGGUGGACCUGGACGGGCGCCUCCACCGGAUCAGCAUCUUCGACCCGCUGACGGUCAUCACCGAGGACGAGAUGACGGCGCAGGACAUCGCCGAGUGCAACAGCAACAAGGAGAACAGCGAGCAGCCGCUGCUCCCCAGCAGCGCCAAGCCGGGCCGCCGGCCGCCGGCCGCCAAGGGCCGGAGGAAGGACGCCAAGCACUCCUCCUCCUCCUCCUCCUCCUCGUCCUCGUCCGCGCAGCACGGCCACGCCAACUCCCAGCAGCAGUCCAAGUCGCAGGCCAACGCGUCCCACCACCCGCUCCACCACGGGCCCCUCCCGAAACCCUCCUUCCGCCUGCUGGAGGCCUUCUCCCCCACCGACGCCCCGCCCCUCCCCGCCGCCUACUACCGCUACAUCGAGAAGUCGGCGGAGGAGCUGGACACGGAGGCGGAGUACGACAUGGACGAGGAGGACCUGGCCUGGCUGGAGAUGGUCAACGACAAGCGGGCGUCGGACGGCCAGGCUGCCGUGUCGCCGGACACCUUCGAGCUGCUGAUGGACCGGCUGGAGAAGGAGUCGUACCUGGAGUCGCGCAGCCAGGCGCCGUCGCAGAGCGCCAUCGACGAGGACGCCUUCUGCUGCGUCUGCCUGGACGACGAGUGCCUCAACAGCAACGUCAUCCUCUUCUGCGACAUCUGCAACCUGGCGGUGCACCAGGAGUGCUACGGCGUGCCCUACAUCCCCGAGGGCCAGUGGCUGUGCCGCUGCUGCCUGCAGUCGCCCUCGCGGCCCGUCGACUGCGUGCUGUGCCCCAACCGCGGCGGCGCCUUCAAGCAGACCAGCGACGGGCGCUGGGCGCACGUGGUGUGCGCCAUCUGGAUCCCCGAGGUGUGCUUCGCCAACACGGUGUUCCUGGAGCCCGUGGAGGGCGUGGACAACAUCCCGCCCGCCCGCUGGAAGCUGACGUGCUACCUGUGCAAGCAGAAGGGCCGCGGCGCCUCCAUCCAGUGCCACAAGGCCAACUGCUACACGGCCUUCCACGUGACCUGCGCCCAGCGCGCCGGCCUCUUCAUGAAGAUCGACCCGGUGCGCGAGACCAACGUCAACGGCACCACCUUCUCCGUCAAGAAGACGGCGUUCUGCGACGCGCACUCGCCGCCGGGCAAGGGCGCGCGGGCCGGCUCGGGCGAGGACGACGAGGAGGAGGAGGAGGACGAGGAGACGGGCGGCCGGGUGGUGGGCGGGCGGGGCAGCCGGGGCAGCAGCGCCUACACGCAGAGCCCCGCCGUGCGGGCGCACCGGCGCGGGGGCAAGAAGAAGGGCGCCGCCUCCUCCUCCUCCUCUUCCUCCAGGCUGCUGAAGAAGAAGGUGAAGAAGAGCCUGGAGGCGGCGUCCCGCCGCGCCGCCGCCGCCAUGCCGCUGGUCACCGUGCCGCAGAUCCCCGCGCACAGGCUGAACAAGAUUUGCAAAGGGGUCCUCCUCCAGAGGAAGAACCAGUUCCUGCAGCGGCUGCACAACUACUGGCUCCUGAAGCGCCAGUCUCGCAACGGCGUGCCGCUCAUCCGCCGCCUGCACUCGCACCUGCAGGCCCAGAGGAGCGCCGAGCAGGCGGAGCCGGAUGAGAAGGUGUGCGCCGUGAGGGAGGAGCUGAAGUACUGGCAGAAGCUCCGGCACGACCUGGAGAGAGCCCGGCUGCUGGUGGAGCUGAUCCGCAAGAGGGAGAAGCUCAAGAGGGAGCAGGUGAAGGUGCACCAGGCCACGCUGGAGAUGCAGCUGACCCCCGCGCUGGUGCUGCUGCGCUCCACGCUGGACCAGCUGCAGGAGAAGGACCCCGCGCAGAUCUUCGCCCAGCCCGUCAACCUCAAGGAGGUCCCUGACUACCUGGAGUUCAUCUCCCAGCCCAUGGACUUCUCCACCAUGCGGUCCAGGCUGGAGGCUCAUGGGUACCACUCGCUCGCAGAGCUGGAGGGCGACUUCAACCUGAUGGUGGCCAACUGCCUGCGCUACAACUCGCGCGACACGGUCUUCCACCGGGCGGCCGUGCGCCUGCGCGACCUAGGGGGCGCCAUCCUGCGCCACGCCCACCGCCAGGCCCACAGCAGCGGCCUGGACCCCGACACCGGCAUGCUGCUGCCCGACUCGCCACACAAGAACGACUACUACCGCUGCUCCUGGGAGGACGUGGACACCCUCCUGGUCCCGGAGAACCGGCUGCACCUCUCGGUGGAGGAGCAGCUGAAGGAGCUGCUGGACAAGCUGGACAUGGUGACGUCCAUGCGCUCGAGCGGGGCGCGGACCCGCCGCAUCCGCCUGCUGCGCCGCGAGAUCAACAGCGUGCGCUACCGGCUGGGCCAGCAGCAGCAGCAGCAGCGCCACCUGCUGACGCUCAACGGCGCCGUCAAGGAGGAGGAGGACGAGGACCGGGAGGAGGAGGAGGAGGAGGAGGCGGCGGCGGUGGAGGAGGACAACAACGAGGGAGAGGGGGAGGAGAGGGAGGAGAGCGGCGGAGGAGGAGGAGGAGGAGGAGGGAGGGGCGGCGGCGGAGGCAAGGACGCCGCCACGCGCGUCCCGUCCGCCGCGCUGGAGAAUGACGACAUGAAAUCCACCCCCCCACCAACGCUUGAACCCACAAGCCCUGCCCUGUCCCACCCCCAGGGAGACGCCCCCCUGGACCCCCCCACGCUGCGGCCGGUGACGGGGGAGCCGCGCCCCCCCGGCCGCUCGCACAAGCGCCUGAAAUGGGACGCUGAAGGCGGGGGCGGCGGCGCCGGAGGAGGCGGCCCCAGCGCGGAGAACGCCGGCGGCGGGGGCGCAGGAGGAGGAGGAGGAGGAGGGGGAGGGGGGGAGGAGACGCCGCGCUCGCCCGGAGAGGGCCGCAUGGUGAACGGGGUCUCCCCCUGCGGGACCCCCCGCACCCCUCCCUCCGUGGGACGCCGCACCUCCGUCCUGUUCAAGAAGGCCAAAAACGGGGCCAAGCUGCUGAAGGACAGAGAGAGCCCCCUGCAGAACGGGGGGGCGGCGGCGGCGACGGGCAACGACGAGGCCCCCCCCGGGGCUGCCGGCUCCCCCCCCGCCCCCGGCUCCACCCCGAACCCUUCCGCAGUCACACCGCCCAAAGCUGCCGUCGCCACCCCGCCCCCACCCUCGCCCCCCACCCCCCGGCAACGGCCCAGAAGCCUCAGCGCCAGUUCUGAGAGCGAGGGGGAGAAGUCGCCCCGCCCCGCCCGAAAGGGAGGCCUGACGAAUGGAUUCAGGAAGCACAGAGACAGCUGCUCGGACUCGGAGUGCAGCCCCUCCCCCACCUUCCGCAAGGACAGGUGAGCCGCCCG